UUCUCAUUGGCACAUAAUACACACCCCAACAUCUAAACUAAAUUCCAAGUCCUACCAUAGUCCAUUUCACAGAGCUAAGAGGGACUAGGAGAGUGAAAGAGAGAGUAAAAUGGCUUCUACCCAAUGUUUCUUGCACCACCAUGCCCUUACUACACCUACCAGAUCCUCAUCACAGCGCCAAGUGGUAAACAUCAAGCCAAACCUGCUUGUUUGCAAGGCUCAGAAGCAAGCAUUCCAAGAGAAUGAUGGUAGCUUAGUCUCUCGCCGUUUAGCUCUCACUUUGCUCAUUGGUGCUGCUGCUGUUGGCUCCAAGGUCUCUCCUGCAGAUGCAGCCUAUGGGGAAGCUGCCAAUGUUUUUGGAAAGCCAAAGACAAACACAGACUUCCUGCCAUACAAUGGAGAAGGAUUCAAACUAUCCAUUCCCGCAAAGUGGAACCCAAGCAAAGAGGUUGAGUUCCAAGGUCAGGUUCUUAGAUAUGAGGAUAACUUUGAUACAACCAGCAAUGUCAUUGUCACAGUAACUCCAACUGACAAGAAGUCCAUCACUGACUAUGGUCCACCCGAGGAGUUCCUCUCCAAGGUGGAUUAUUUACUAGGAAAACAGGCCUUCUUUGGCGAAACUCAAGCUGAGGGCGGUUUCGAUGCAAACGCUGUUGCCACAGCAAACAUCUUAGAGAGUUCAACAUCUGUGGUUGGUGGGAAACAGUACUAUGUUCUGUCUGUGCUGACAAGGACUGCUGAUGGAGAUGAAGGUGGCAAGCACCAAAUAAUUAGAGCAACUGUAAGCGAUGGAAAACUAUACAUUUGCAAGGCUCAAGCUGGAGACAAGAGAUGGUUUAAGGGAGCAAGAAAAUUUGUGGAGAACACAGCAAGUUCUUUCAGUGUUGCUUGAGAAAUUAGUACCGGGUUAUGCUGUAUGUAAAUCAACUUCAAAUGUUAUGUAUGUUUUGAGAUGUCUAGCCUCCCUUUUAUUUCAGAGUUUCAUUAUUUGAGGGACUUGGUUAGAGUAUGUAUCUGAAUACUUAAUUGUCAUGGCUUUGUAAAGACAGUUCCCCA